AUGAGUAGUGGCAGCAAUAGUGGCAAUAGUAAUGGCAGCAAUAGUGGUAGUUGUAGUGGUAGUAGUAUUAGUACUGGUGGUAGUAAUAGUAGGAAUAGUACUAGUAGGAAGAGCAGUAAUGGCAAUGGUGGUAGUGUAGUGGUAGUAAAAGGAGGAGUAGUAGUAGAAGUAAUAGGAGCAACAGUAGUAAGAGUAGUAGUAGCAGCAAUAGUGGCAAUAGUAGUGGUAGCGGUAGUGGUGGUAGACACAGUAGUGGCAGUUGCAGCAGUAAUGACAUCAAUAGUGGUAGUAGUGGUGGUGGUGGUAAUAAUUCAUAGUGGUGGUGGUAGUAGUGGUGGUGACAUUAUUGUCUUUAACUAA